UUCUGUUCUCUGAUUGGUCGUUGCGUUGCUCAGCGGUAUUAUGUUUGUUAACGUAACUGUCAACAAAGUAUGAAAGCUUUGAUUAACUAAUAAUAUGAUUUAGUACACUUUAAAUGUGAGGAAUGAAGAAUAAAAAAGUGAAACCCUCCAAAUGUGUAAGCAACAGGAAAAGAGUGCUCAGCGACGUGUCUCCGUCCACCAGCAUUCCUCCUCUGGUUGAAGGCCAGCUAAGAUGCUUUCUGAGAGUGACGGUCAGUAAAGCGCUGUGGACCAUCAUCAGACCUCCACCUGUGACUCUGAUCAGACUUAGAUGGUGGGGAGAGUCUUCAAACGGCACUUUCUUUAGGCCUAGAGAUGGACACGCUGAACAGAAGGGGCUCAAAUCCACAGCUCGCUUUCCUGUUCGAUGUGGACCAAAACAGCUGACUUCUUAUUUAACAGAUAUGGGCUCGCUGGUGCUAGAUGUGCUUACAAAGGUUGAUCAUUUGCCUAUAGCUCGAGCUCAGAUUCCAGGAAUCGCCCGGCUGUCUUUUUCACACUCCAUAAACGGAUAUUUCACUCUUGUUUCCCCGACAUCAGAAAAACUCGGAGAGCUUCAGGUCACACUUGCCCUGGAAGCGUUAACAGAAGGAUAUGAGAGCAGUAGUUCAGUGCCCACUACUGAUAUGAGCCUCGACGCACAGACUCUUGUUGUAACCGACCACAACAAGCCAGUCCAGCCGUCCCUGGAUCAGGCUCUGUUGCGUGUGAAGGAGACAGAUGCCAGCAGCUCUGGACACAUGCCCAGAGGAAAGGAUUACUUGUAUUUUCAACAAAGCAGUAACUUUGUGCCAGCUUCUUCAACUGGAAUAGCUGAACAUGCUUCUUCAAAUAACCAGACAUCUGCUGACCUUUUGUCAGUCCUUUUGGAGCGUGGCAGCAAACUCAGAAAUGCCAUGGUGAUUUCUGCCCUGAAGUCUGAUGUGGAGGUAGAUGUUCCUCUGAAGAACGAUCCCCUGCCCCUUCCCAAGGACAACACUGCUUCUUUGCAAGGCAGGCCCUUAUCGGGACAGUUUCUGGAGAACAUCCUUCAAUCUGAGAUCCAGCUUCCUGCUCAGGACCUCACAGACCCAAGGCAGCAAAGAGCCCACACAGAGGACAUGGCUGUGGAUCUGCUGCUUGGGAGUGUUAAUGGAUCUGUGCUGCAGUUCUGGGAUGGCGAGGGCUCUCUUGCAGAUUCUCUGUCUGAUCACAGCAGUUUGCUAAUGGACAGUGAGCUCAACGACCCUCAGUAUGAUCAGAGUCUUCUGGAGAACCUCUUCUACAAACCACCUAUGUCAGAUGAAUGUUUGGAGGAGGACCAUCAUAGAAAAGGCACAACAGAGAAGCCUGUGCACACAAAUCCAGCCAAAAAUGCCCGGCUUGAUCCUGGUGUGCAACAUUCAGAAGCAGGAGCUGAUUUGCCUGGGCUUGGCAUGGAAAAAAUAACUUUGCUUGGUGAUAUUCGUUUUGCGAGGGUCACUGUCAGUGAGUUAAAACUUCCUACAGAAAGUACCUCAAAAAGUCUGUCUAGAAAAGGAAGACCACCUCGGCCUCUCUCCACAAAGAAGUGUUUUUAUAUUGUAGAGUACCUCUUUCCACUGCUCUCUGCUGGGUAUGAGAGUGUUCAGCAGGUUCCUUCAGAGAUUACAAAAGUUGUCUCUAGUAAAGUUACAGAUGGGGCUGUGUUGUUUCAGCAUCAAAGUUUGUUUCCAGUGAAGUUCAGUAGGUCAUCUAUUAAACAGUGGUGCGAGAUGAAGGUCACAUUCAAGAUCUACUCCAAAUAUAGUCUUCAAAAAACACCUAUUCUGAUUGGCUCAGCUAUGUUUCCACUGAGCUCCUUGAUGCAGAGUGAAUCGCUGAGCAUUUCUUCUGCCCUGCCUGUACAAACAGCUAAUGGAAACACUGAUAAGCAACAAGUUGGUCCUCUGAAGGUGACCUUUGAGUUAGCAGAGGACAAGAAUAAUUUCUCCUCUAAAAAAAGGCCUGCAAAGCAAAUGCUAAGUCCACAGAGACCUCUCCCUUCCCUUCUGACAGAAGAACAUGAUGAACCGAAGGGUUUAUGUGUGAGCAACAGCAGGAGAGACCAGUCACCUCAAGCGCAGAGUAUUCUGAUUCCUCCUGCUAGAACACGAUCCACGUCACCACACGUCAGAUUCCAGAGCUCUAUUCAGCAGCAGGAAAUGGAGGACACUGAGAUUCUGCUGCAUAUGUUACUCAUGGUGCCUAAUGGGAAAGAUUUGAACUGUGCACCUAUGCAGCCCAAUGUCUACCUGAACUGCAAGCUUCUUGGAUCUGAUGAAACUGCCCGAUCUGCAGUGAGCUGGGGUCAGAAACAUCCAACAUUCAGCUUUACUCAAGUGGCUCCAGUCGCACUGAGCCCCAGACUGUUGGAGAGAAUGAAGAAUAACAUGAUGGUCAUUGAAGUCUGGUUGAGGGCCAGCAGCUCAGAUCAUGAUAAACUCCUCGGCUUGGUAAAACUACCACUCCACCAGUUUUACAUGUCCUUCCGAGACCCCAAGAUCUCGGAGCUGCUCCUGCAGUCUCAGUAUCCAGUGGUUGGAGUGGACAGUUAUAUGCCUGUGGUGGAUGUAUUUAGUGGCAGCACGCGAGGAAACCUCAGGGUGUGUUUAGCAAUGGGUCAAGCACAGCAGGUCAUGGCCCUGCAGCGGAUGAGGGACGACGAGCUGAGCCACGACACACCAGUGCCUCGACCAGCACACAUGCUAGACCACCGGCCACACACAGAAGCCAAAGCCACUUCAGAUGUCCUGCUUGAGCAUGUGUUCAUGGUCCGGGUCGAGAGAGUAAAGGGUCUGAUGCCUCUGCAGUCCACAGUAUGGGGUGAAGCCGACUGCUAUAUCCAGUACUCUUUUCCUGCCCAGAAUGAGUCAAGAGAGGACAUGGACACACAUGCUGUCGAGAGCCACGUGGACUUGAAAGCGUUCCGCUCUGAGACCACUCUCUGUGUGCCCGACCCUGUGUUUGGACACAAUGAGACUCACGUCCUGCUGGCUCCGCCUGACGUCCCAGUGCAAAAGCUACUGCUAAACUCACUGGCCCAUCAGGGACUGAGGGGUGGAGGAGGAGUGCAGUUUGAAGUUUGGUGCAGGUAUUAUUACCCAAACGUUCGAGAUCAGCUUGUAGCCAGAGGACUGCUGCCCAUGUCCAAGCUGUGUGCCAUGGUGACCAUGCAGAAACAGGGCCAGACAGAGGCACAACAUUUCUCCCUUCCUCUGAUACCAAGAACCGACCGGCCUGUAGAUGCGCAACCCCAGCCACCUGGGCAGCUUGAAGUGACCGUUCAGUACAAGUCUCGACCAAUGAGGAGUGUGGGACUGAAGAGUGGUGUCGUUCCCUCCCGCAGAGUAACACUGGUUGUGCAGAUUCAUAGAGCCGCUGGACUGCAAGCUGCAGCCAAAGCUCUUGCAGACUCAGACAGCUCGCUGGACUAUUACUCUAAAGUGGGCCUGAACUCAUUCAUCACUGUGCAGCUCUCCUUCUUGCCGGACAGUGAGUCUCGUAGCACACGUGUGGCAGCCAGGAGCUUCUGCCCAGAGUUUGAGCAUCACACUGAGUUCUGCUGUAACCUGCUGGUGCAGAGAGACAGUGGAGAGAGCGUCAGUCUGGCUGAACUUCUGCAGGAUGCUGUGGCUAUCUUCACCGUCUUCAACAGAGACACACGCAAAAUGGUUGAUACAAGAUCGAAGGACAUUGUCUUGGGAACCGUGAAAAUUAAGCUUGCAGAUCUGAUUCAUAAAAGAAGUGGCAUAUCUGGCUGGUACAGUCUCUCUCAUCCUCAGAGCACAUCAUCAUCAUCAUCAUCUCACGGUCUGACUUCGGCUGGAGGCCUUGAAAUCUCCAUUAGUUUCUCCCAUCAUGCAGACAGAGAGCGAGUCCUCAGUUCAGCUUGUGGUCUUGGAUGGGACAUAGAGGAACACAGUGAAGACGAGGCCAGCACUGAGGAUGAGGAUGCUUUAGAAGCGCACUCAAAGUCUCUAACAUUUUCCAUUUCAAUGCCCAGAGCAUGGCUGCCCAUUCAUUGCCUGCUGCUGCCUGGACAUGAAGACCUACAGCGAUCCACCUACUGCUACUACAGAUACAAACUAUAUGAGCAGCACACCUUCAGUUCUGAGCUCAGACACCCCGUCGCAGACAAGAACCAUGGAGACGAGGGAUUGGCCACAGUGGCAUUUCAGGGGGGCAGAAGUGUGAUCUUGAGGAGGACUCGACCCCUGCACUGGUACCUGAGGGAGGAGAAGCUGGAGGUGCAGCUGUGGGUCACUUUUGGGAAGGAGAAGAGGGUCCGACCGCAUAAUGCAGACCGUCUAGUGGGCUCUGCUUUUGUGGAUCUCUCUGCUCUUGCUGGAAGCUUGAAGCAACAUCAGACUAUCAGUGGUGUAUAUCCGUUGUUCAAGCGCUCAGCAGUAAACCUGUGUGGGGCUGCUCUCAGAGUCCACAUCACCGUAACCACAGACUCUCUCACCCUUGAGCCUCAAGUCAUUGAGCAACUCCACAGCUCAGGAGAAGAAGACCUGAAUGAAGACCUCGCCACCACAUCUCCGUCUAGACCUCAAUCCCCUAGCAAACCACUUAUCCAAUCAGAAGUGACCACUGAGGAUCCGCCAUCCACACAACCCAUUGAGAACACCUUCAUCGCCAACAUCACCGUGGACAGAGCCAUGCAUCUCAGUCUAAAGGGUUGUCCUCUGGCUGAAAGAGGGGGAGGGUUGCCAAGUUGUUGUGUUUCUUAUGCCACUGCUGAUGACACGGGUACAGUGACCACAGCGCUGAUUAAAGACAAUGAAUGUCCUGUGUGGGACCACCAGCAGGAGUGCAGACUGUCAAAAGAGCUACUCUUGGAUCCCCAGCAGUCCUUGGUUUUUAAAGUUUGGCAUAAAGGAGAGGUGGAGCGGGUGAUUGGGUUUGUGUCUGUUGACCUGUCACCUCUUCUGUCGGGAUUCCAGUCAGUUUGCGGCUGGUACAACAUCACUGAUUUCAGCGGGCAGUGCCAGGGGCAGUUAAAAGUGUCUGUGUCUCCUCUGAGAGCAGUGCAAGAGCUGCGGGCACAUAGACAGAUGGCACAGGACACUCAUGCUCCAGACUCCAGUGCUUUCUUUAGUGCACUUCCACUUUGCUAUCAAACUUCAGCCACAUACAGCAACUUCCCCAGUCACAUCAGUCGGUUCUCAGAGCAGAGGAUCAGCACUCCUCCCGAGCACUUAGAAAGACUGCUCUCGGACAGGUCAAGUGUGACAGAUCGUCACGAUGAGCACAUGGACAAUGUAAGAUUGUUCCAUCAGAGUUUGCAUGAGGGAGAGAAAGCAUCUUAUUCCUCCACGGUUGCAGAUUCACAUCCAUCCAGUUCAACACUUUUCUCUGCUCUCAGGAAAAAUCUUAGUGAUCUAGAUGAUAUUCAGAGGUAUUUCAGCCGGAAGCUGUCCACUCCAACAUUCCCAAAGCUGAGGGAUCUGAGAGGAACCUCCAGACAGGAAGAGCACCGGGUCUCAGAGACGGACACCACACAACUGCUGCUGAAGUCCAACCAGCUGGUGGGAGAAGUCAACGACAUCAUCAAAGGUUUAAGUGAACAUCAGCCUGAAGAAGCACCUGUUAUCCUUAAAAGCACCACCACUACUCCUGAUGUGGCUGAUAAGCGUUUAACCUCUGGAGCUGAUCAGCUGAUUCUAACAGAGUCGUACAGCUGUGAGACAGAACCACACUUUCAUAAACACUCUGACAUGAUGCUGGAGGAUGAAAAUGAAGUCUCGCCCUUCAGCUCUCCUGCUCCUACAGAGACCAGACACUCAGUAGCUGCUCCAGAAGAUGAAGAAAAAAACGAUCACAUCUCCAGUGAUGAUGAUGAAGAUAAAGACCAGGAUGAGCAUGUAGACUUUGAGGAAACUUUAAUUCAGCCCAGAACAUUAAAUGAGGUCACUUCAGUCACAGACAGAACCAGCCCCUGGACCAGCUUGCUGUCUGACCCAGAUAUGAGCUCUCUAGAGAGUCUAGAGUCUGUGCACCGUCAUUCUCAGGACCACAGCAUCCACAUUGGAGGAGAGCAGAGAAACAGAAGUGACAAUAACCCACUAACUGCAGAAUCCCAAGAGACUGAUUCUGAUUCAGAUGUUUCAGAAAGAUCUCCAACUGGUCAGGAGAUGUUUAGGGGAGCUGGUGCUGUUGAAACAGAACAGCAGGUACAGCAGGCUUCUCCAGAUGGUCUUGAUGGAGAUGAUGCUCUUUCUAGUAUCAGUGAGGCAGAGGAUUGUGAGCUGAGCAACAGUGGGCCUGAAGAAGCGAUUGAAAGGCCAAUAUCAUCUCCCUCUGCAGAGUCUGCCUCAGAAGCAGAUGACAAACAUGAUGAGAAGACAACCAAAAUUUUGGAAUCUGUUGAUAUUCCAAAUUUCUUCCUGUCAACUCACCAUCUGGAGGCGUCCAUGAGGGCUUUGAGGAUGGCGCCUGUUUUUCCAACAGCUGAGUCUGAUACUGGAAAUCCUGGAAAUCCCUAUCAAAGAAAGCCUCGCUCCAGGCCCAGCAUCCCACCAUCACAGAGGAGUGAAGAGACCAGAAGAAUUGCUAAAAUAUUUGCUUCAAAGUUUACAGAAGAAAGUUAGUACAGUCUUAUUUGUGUGUGCUUUUAAUGUUUUUUACAGUAUGUUAGUGUAAAUUUCUGAUUAUUAUUUAUUUGAUUUAUGGCACAGUAUGGUAUGGACUUUUUUAUGAACACUUUUGAUAAUGUUUUUAAAAAAUGCAUUAAAAAUAGUUUAUUUACAGCAAUGAAAUAUUUUUGUAAUAAAGAAUUGUGCACGUUGUUCCACUUA